UUUGGCGUGCCGGAAGCAAACAGUUGUCGAACGCAAGUCGAAGUCGAGCAAAAUGAAGUCUGUUGCCGCACAGAGAUCCCUAUUGAUGCUGGUGGUGGCGGUGGUGCUGCUGCUGCUGGGCAACUGCCAGGCCGCGCCAGUGAAGGAGGAGGCACGUGAGCAGCGGAAUAUGAAGAUGAUGACGCCAGCGGGCGAGGCGGAUGUCAAGAUGAUGGCGACGGCGGGCACAGGAAACAUGACGCCAGUCUCGAUGAGCAUCGGCGGCGCAGUGCCCGUGAAUCAGAUGGCUCUGGGCAUGGUGGGCAACAUGCAGCUGGCACGCUAUCCCAACUACCCGGGCUUGAUGUCGCCCUUCGGCCUGCAGGCUGGCAUUGCCAACGGCUAUCCCGGCGAUGCCAGCAUGGGCCUGGGCAUGGGUCUGCCCGGCGCUGGACUGAGUCUCGGAGGUGGCAUCCUGCCUGGAGCUGGAUAUGGAGCGGGCAUCGGUGCUGGCAUGGGAGCUGCACCUGGAUUAGGAUUUGGCGCUGGUCUGGGAGCACCUAUGCCUGGAGCGGGUCUUGGAGCUGCACCUGGCGCCGGACUUGGCGGCUUUCCCAACGCUGGCUUCAUGUACGGCAAUCCACUCUAUGGCAGUCCGCAGGCUAUGCCUGGCUUCGGUCUGGACAACAUCCUUGGCAUGGCCAGCGCCCCUGGUCUAGCCCCAGCUCACGCUGGCAUCUACGGCCAGCCAGCCGCGCCGCUCGGCCUGGCAUCCAUGCAGGGCUUCCUUGGCGGCGAUGCCAUGGCCAUGCACUUUUAAUGUAAACUCACUUAAAACUUACAACAAAUUCUCUCAAUUAU